AUGGUCGUGACACGGAGUUCUGGAGUUCCCAAGAAGAUUAAGUUUCUGGAUGAGGAUGUAACUAAAGACGUUGAAUAUCAUACUGCCGAUGAGAAUGAACAAAAAGCAUCUGAAGAUGAAUCUGAAGAUGAGGAAUCUGAAUCAGAUGAUGAAGCUCCAGAAGAAGAAUCCACUUCCCUGGCCAAAAUUUCCAUGUUGAAGCAACAGAAGGAAAAGGCUAGAUUGGAGCAAGAACAAAAGAAGGCCGAAAAGGAAAGAAGAAGAAAACAAGACAAUUUGCAUGCGGAGCAGCAGAGAAUUAAGAAGCAAAACGAAGCUUCAACUCCAGCUGCCUUGCCAGAAUACUUACCAGAAGAUAUAUUUGAUGCCAUAGAAAAUGAUAGUGAAGAAGAAGAAUUGUCAGUUGCACAACAACAAGCUAAACAUUUAAAGUUAGAAGAUUUUGAAGAACUUGACAAGAAGGAACUUGCUAAACAACUCAAAGAGGAGAAACUUAGACGUUUGAAAUUACAAAAGAAACUCAUUGUGAAGAAAGGUCCUGUCCACGUUAAGGUUGCAUCAUCAGCCAUUAGACAAGUGAACAAGAAAUUAGUGCCGAAGGCAGAAAGUAAGAUUGUCAAUUCUAGAAACAAGUGGCUCAAGAGGAAAUCUCUUGGUAAGAAGUAA